UGCAUUCCUGCAGCUGUCUGUCAGGAGCAUGUGUGGCAGUGUGGGACAAGAGUGAAGCCCACUAGAUAUCUGCUGCACUACUGAAUAGCAUUGUUUUUAGCUGUUUCAGCCAAAUAAACUGGAUCUAUAUCCAUUGAAACUGUUUGGCUGCUGGAUAAAAGAAAGCAAAUUUGAUUGGAUUAAGAGUUUGGAUUGAUAAUCUUUAUAAUUUUAACCCAGGCUUCAUCCAUCAGGAGAACACCAGGAUACCAAUUAUGGCUCACAAAAGCCGUAUUCUGAUAAAGGGAGGUAAGGUUGUGAACGAGGAGUGCUCAGAAAGAGCUGAUGUCUACGUUGAAGACGGGAUUAUCCAGGCUGUGGGAUUAGAUCUGCAGACUCCAGCUGGAACAAGAGUGAUCGAUGCCCGGGGGAAGCUAAUUCUGCCUGGUGGGAUAGACACACACACUCACAUGGAGCUGGCCUUUAUGGGCACUGUCGCUGUGGAUGAUUUUUACACUGGCACUAAGGCUGCAGUAGCAGGAGGGACCACCAUGAUCCUGGACUUUGUCAUCCCGCAGAAGGGGGCGUCUCUGCUGGAGGCGUAUGAGAGGUGGAGGAACACGGCUGACCGUAAAGUGUGCUGUGACUACUCCCUGCAUGUAGCCGUCACCUGGUGGGAUGAAUCUGUAAAGAGAGAGAUGGAGACGCUGGUGCAGGAAAAAGGAGUCAACUCCUUCAAGAUGUUCAUGGCCUACAAAAACGUGUUCAUGCUGAGUGACCAUGAGCUGUACUCUGCUUUCUCUCACUGUAAAGACAUCGGAGCCAUCGCACAGGUCCACGCUGAGAACGGAGAUCUAAUUGCAGAGGGUGCUAAGAAGAUGCUGUCGUUGGGCAUCACAGGGCCCGAGGGUCACGAGCUGUGCCGUCCUGAGGAGGUGGAAGCAGAGGCCACACAGAGAGCCAUCACCAUUGCCCACUCUGUGAACUGCCCGCUGUACGUGGUCCACGUCAUGAGCAAAUCCGCAGCCAAAGUGCUGGCCAGUGCUCGGAGAAACGGCCGAGUGGUGUUUGGGGAACCUAUAGCAGCUGGACUGGGCACUGAUGGAACUCACUACUGGAAUAAGGACUGGGCUCAUGCUGCAGGAUUUGUGAUGGGACCUCCUCUCAGGCCUGACCCCAGCACCCCUGGAUACCUGAUGGACCUGCUGGCUAAUGAUGAUCUGAGUGUGACGGGCACUGAUAACUGUACGUUCUCUGUGUGUCAGAAAGCUCUGGGUAAAGACGACUUCACCAAAAUCCCCAACGGAGUGAACGGAGUGGAGGACAGGAUGUCUGUCAUAUGGGAAAAAGGCGUGCACAGCGGCAAAAUGGACGAGAAUCGAUUUGUCGCCGUCACCAGCAGCAACGCAGCAAAACUCUUCAACCUUUAUCCCCAGAAAGGGAGGAUUGCCAAGGGCUCCGAUGCUGACCUCGUCAUAUGGGACCCAAAAGCUACCAGGGUGAUCUCAGCCAAGACCCACCACCAGGCCGUGGACUAUAACAUAUUUGAGGGCAUGGUGUGCCACGGCGUUCCACUGGUGACCAUAUCCAGAGGCAGAGUGGUUUACGAGCACGGCCGUGUUGUGGCUGAACCCGGGACAGGAAGGUUUAUUCCCCGCAAGCCCUGCGCUGAGUUUGUGUACAAGAGGAUUAAACAGAGGGAGGAGGUGGGGAAGCCCAGCGCUGUGACCAGGAAGCCGUACGAUGGAGAGGUUAUAACUCUAUAACACCAAACAGAUCCUAAAUUACAGACAGGAAAACUGCAAUUCCUCAGAGAACUCUGUCCUGCCUUUCAGAACAGAGACUUGUUUAAUAUCCCAGGAGGACUGACCAAUCAGAUUCAGUGCUGAGGAUUCUGCUGCUCUAGAAGGAGGACAGAUGUUAAUGUACCGCUGUCAGAACUGAACCUGGUUUAGAAUGUAAUGGUUGAGAAUUUUUCACAUUUAUUACAUUUCAAACAGAAUAAUGAGGAAAAAGCAUUGUUGUCAGUAGCUGUCAAUAAAUAAAUGUUCUCAUAUAAUACCAGUCAAAAGUUUGGAUACACCUCUUCUCAUACAAUGUGUUUUCUUCAUUUUUUAUGAUUUUUACAUUGUAAAUUUUGAAUGUAAAUGUUAAAGACAUUAAAGCUAUAUAGGAACACAUGGAAUAGUUUUCUUAUCUUGAAGGAGUUCCUGGAGGUGCUGAACAAUAGUUGCUGCUUUUCUUCACACUGUGAAGCUUCAGCUAAUCCCAAAUCACCUCAAAUCCCCGUCUCAGUUUAUCAGGUUUAGAUCAGGGGAUUGUGAAGGACCAACCCUUUUUUACUAUUCACUACGUAAUUCCAUAUGUGUCUCUUAAUUGUUAGAAAUAAAGCAAAUCCUUGAAUGUGUCCAAGCUAUUGACUGGUACUGUACAUACAUAAAUAAAUAAAAAAAAUUGUAAAAAACUAAUUAGCAAAAUACCACUGGAUGAUUUUUUUCUGCAUUUCUUCAGUUAGUUUGUUUAAAAAAUAUAUAUACCUAUUCUUGUUGUUCUGCAAAAACAUUGUAGCUCCACUUGUGUUUUGUUUUAAUUUUUGACAUAAUUUGAAUCUGAAACUUGUUUUAUCUUGUAUCACAAUUCCAUACUGGGGGUACCAGUGGAAAUGCUCAAUAAAAUGGACCUAUGGAAAUGAUAGAAUAAAAUCUUUUUAUGCUUUCUUUUAAAGUUGUGAAGUUGUGAAAUUGUGAAGUUGGCAUUUGGAGAUACAAGGUUUUUGCAUGAUAGUAAUAAAAUGCAUAAACAAGUUCAGUACUGACAUUCAAAUUAUCACUGAUGAAUAUGUUUGAUUACUGAGGUCACUGUCCUGUGUAAUAACAAAUAAAUAAAAUUUGUUGCACAUUGAAUUUAAUGGAAUUAAACCAAAAUGUGAAAUA